AAGACGGACAGGAGUUUGUUAUUUACGUUAGAUGCCUUUAUAUAUUACUGUACAGAUUAGCACUGAAAUGCACUAGAUAAACAUCGGAAUUUUCCAUACUUACUUUGUUCCACUUAAGGGUUAAUUGUAAGAAAUAUUCCACUUGUUUACAAAUUCACCUACCAUUUAAGAUACCUCAACCGUUUCCAUGGCAACAGAAAUUCCAGUUAACGUAAACGGAGUGUGUAAUGUCAUUCAUAAAGCUGUAAUAAGUGAGGAGUUGGGAUUGCUCAGUUGGUAUAGUGACAGGCUACGGGCUUGAUGGCCCAGAUUAGAUUCCUGGCAAUGAGAGAUUUUCUCUUUCCCCACAACAUCUUAAACUCAACCAGCCUCUGAUCCAGUGGGUACCAGGGGCUAAACCGGCAGGGGAGUGAAGCUGACCACUUAUCUAGAAGAAGUGACGCAGGCAGUCCUGAUCAUGCCAGACUUAGUGGAGCAGACAUAUUGCUCUCAGCAGAUUCAUAUACCACCCACAUUCCCUUUCAUAUUGAAGCAGUAUGCAAAAGCGGCUAUCCGUACCCAGCCAUAUGAUCUGUUACGUUGGUCAGCCACUUAUUUUCGAGCACUGGCUCAGGGGGAUGAACCUCCUGUUAAGAAGAGGCUGGAAUGUCCACCUGUUGAGUCACAAUUUGGCUUAUCUCCAGGAUAUCUCAGAGUAUUACUCAAACAGAUUGGAUUCUUGAAUUCUGUAUCCGUUGAAAUGCUUCGUGACAAAUGGCAAGGCAUUUGUCUUGAUGAGAAUACUCUAAAUGAAUUGCUGAAAUUAGGUGGUUUUACAGAAAAUGUGGACUGGUUAAAAUUUAUAGCAAUUGCCGCUGGUCACCUUACGAACUCACUGACUCAGACUAUGUACCUAAUCUGUGAGCUGCUGACUGAGGAGCCUGAGGGUGGGAGUGACAUGAUACCAUUUGAAACCUUCAAAGAAUUGUAUGCCUACCUUGCACAGAUGAACUGUGGCCCAAGGAAGGGAGAAGAGGAAGCAAGCGAUGGAAACAUUAAAUCAGGUGAAGAGGCACCUAUAUUAGGGGCAGAUGAAGCUACAUCAGCUGAACUGGGUAGUGGAAUUAAUAUUCCAGGAAUUGGCCCUUUAAUUCCUACUGCACAAAUACAGUCAGUAUUGAAGUAUCUUGAAUACUUGGCAGGGCAGCAGAAUGGUAUGGUGAUGCCACGUAAUCUUCAUCACUUCCUUUGCCCAUCACUGGACAAAGUGCUCUAGCCAUUACAGUGAUACUAAAGAUGAUGAUUACUGUUCCAGGAUACUUUAAUGAUUAUUGGCUUUUUGUAGACAUAUCUAGGUCAUUAUGUAAAUAACAUAAAAUUAAAUGCCUACAUGCAUUAAUCUAUAACUUUUCUAUGCACAUUGCUACUCUGUGAACACAUAAUUAAUGUAUUUCCAUUUAGCUGUAAAAAUAAAAAUAAUACAUGCCCCAGCAUAACAGAAUGAAAUCUCUGAUGCCAUUUUGU